AUGGAAGCAACUGGUACCUGUCCCUGGGCAGUUUCUGGUCCGGGAUCAAGCUUCAAUCACUCUCCGCUUCUACAGGCAAGCCGACGAGCAGUGCUGUUACGUCACUUGCCGAGCGCAGCUCCGCGAGCGGCGGUGCAUUGGAGGCCAGCGUCAUCUACAAGUCGGGCUCUUACUACUAUCUGUUCACGUCCUGGGACAAGUGCUGUGCCGGCACCAGCAGCACCUACAACAUCCGAGUUGGCCGUUCAAGCCACGUGAAUGGGCCCUACGUUGACAAAGCCGGCGUCGAUCUCAUGAAAGGCGGCGGAACGCUUGUUUUGCAGACCCACGGAGGAGUCUUCGGUCCCGGCGGACAGGACAUCUACCAUGAUGUGGACGGCCCUGUGCUUGUUUAUCACUACUACACCUCGGCUGGCACUUUGCUGGGAAUCAACCUCUUGGAUUUCUCGUCCGGAUGGCCGGUUGUCAAGUGAUCCGUGGUCUGCGUUGGUUGACUAUCAGAUUUCGCCUUUGCCACUCAUUCCUAAUAUACCCCCUUCUUCUAAUUCCGCCAAACCCAAUCAUAAUAAAACGACUCAACGGGCUGCGUCGGCUGUAGCGAUCACUCGGGUUUCCGGAAUCUUUGAGCCGGAUUGAGAGCGUCGCCCAAAGAUAUCCUCGACUCGCUUUUGCUAUGAUAACUCACGGGUGAUGGUUGAACUGAAAGAGUGAUUUCGCCAAGCCCGGUGUCAUCGUUU